AUGCCUUACGUGAAUGAGAAAUCAGGCUUCCCCAAAGGCUUGACAGUAAUGAAUCACAACUCCCUAUCAACCACUGAAGAAACAGCAAAUCUUGAGGGAGAUGACGAUGCAUAUUUGGUACGACGAGUGAAUAUGAUCAGAGAGGGAAAGUGCGAGGCUGUGAUGGAGAACCAGCUGGGAGGAGUUCGUGGAGAGUAUCUCGAAGCUCUGAGGGCGAAUGUUGUGGCCCAGCGGCGUUGUGCUCAAGCGCUGCAACGAGUUCAACAGACUGAUAUGGAUAUUAUCGUGGGCGUGAAUGCCGAAUCCAGCGCCGUAGAGGAUGUGAAGCAUACAAGCUUACUGCAGAAACAUCUACAAGUGGCUCGACUACAGAAGCAGCAUGGAGGACUUGUCGGCUUAAAGGAUGAAUUUGAGGCUCUGAGGUUAUCCCGCGGCUCGUUGAGUUUGGAGACUGAUGUCGAGCAGCAUGUGCCAGACAUUAAUUUUGAGUCUCUGGAAUAUGGAAGCGGUCAUAUUAUGGAACUUGUGAAUUCAGUCCAGUCACAGGUGAAACGCCUGGAAAUCGCUUUAAUUCAGGAUCGACAUGAAGCCGGUCGACAAGCAGCGGUUUUGAAGAAGUUGAAGUGCCACCCAAGGCAAUUGGCCCAAAACUCUGUGCAGCAACGACUAUCUGCUCUGUCGGCCACACGGAACGAGUUGACCGUCUGGCUAGAAGAGAGUCUAGAGAACUGUCAGGACGAUGUUAUCAACUCACCUGGCCAGGGGCAAUUGGAUUACCAAGGAGCCAGGUCCGAUAAUACGGAAAUUGGACAUCAAACGGAUGCAGAGUACGAUCGAUAUCUAGAGGCACGCAAACGAUUGCUCUCAAACGUGUCAGCACUGAGGGUCCAAGUUCCGGACUUCCACUCAGAGAAUCAAGUCGUUCCCUCGAGUACUGAACAGGACUCUACUCUCGAACAACGGAAUACGGGCUCGAGCGACAACACCCUUGUAUUCAUUGAGCAGAAUCUUGUGCCUGCCAUGAUGCACAAUACUAUGAUCCAGAAACACUCUGCACUCACCGAAGAGCAGUUGUUCAAUGAGAUCUCGAGCGUGGUGCGAAUGAUUGAACGACUUAGUGACGAGAGCCAGCUGCUCCAAGCCUUCCCUAUGCUAGCAAAAUCUGGACGAUUUCGACAUGCUAGCUCAGUAUUUGGCAGCAAGUCUAAUGAGAAGAUCGUGGUGGAGGACGAAAUAACACAACGGAUUGAACCGUGGCUGUUUUCAGCCAAUGCAGCAGACGUUGCAGCCGAGGCCACCAUCCACAAGCAAGUUCAGAGAGGAAAGGAGGCCAUUGAAACAGUUUCAAAGAGUCUGACUGAGCUAAGACUGCUGAUGGAAGCUAAUGGAAAUUCGACUUUUGGGCACUCAUCCAGAGCGACAUAA